AUGGAGCAAGAUAGCCCCAACACGAAAAAAUUCAAACGGGUGAAGGAGAAAUUUCGAGCUCAUCUGGAACAAGUCGAGGCUCAAAGGCGAAGGACAAUAUUUUUAGACGAAGGUCCUAGUACCAGCCGAAAGAGGAGAACAAAUCAAUACCGUAAGCCCAAUCCAAGAAAGGGUAGCAGUCAAUCCUCAUCGCCCCAGCACCAAAUAUUUUACCGAAUGUGCAGCACAACCCCGAAUGACGUUCCACAGCAAAAGUGUAACACGACCGAAAACAACAGCGACGAUAUCGAUGAAACUGACUCUUUGAACGAGGAAACCCAGCCUAGUAGUGACGUCCCGCGUACACCAACCUACGCCCCGUGUUUUGGUUCGCCAAAUAGCUUUAAGCCGGCUUCCGAUGUGCUCUCAACACCCACUUCAAGGUGCUCAGAAAUGCCUGCUACACCGGGUAAAGAAUGGUGUCGUGACUCAGAUGACGCAUCAACUCUUCCUCGGCCCAAUAUGGAGGAGUCGGAUGAAUCUCAAUCAAAUUUCGAAAUGGAUGAAGAAUGUCGGCGUAUGUUUUACGGUUACUUAGAAACCUCAGUGACUCGGCGAGCACAGUCACCCUUAUCCUCGAAUAAUUCCUCGCUGGAUGAGUCGGAUAACGAAGAUCAACGUUCCUCGUCUCCGCCAAAAAGGUAUGGUCUGGGAUUUGUCCGUCAGAAAGAUAGCCAAUACAAAUAUCUCGGAUUUCGCUGUUAUGAGAGAACAGUUACUGUGCAGCUUUUGGUCCCCGACUCCGGGGAAAAUCCAAUAUAUGAAAUAACCAACCCACCGCCGGAUAAUCAUCGUACGCCCUCACCCACACCCGCGAUAGGGGAAGAGAUCAACACCGAAGAUAUCCAUUCAAUAUCCAACACCUCACACAAACAUGAGGAGGUUCCUACUUCAUCCUCACAUGCUUUCGCACAUUUAGAAGAAGACUCCAGAUCGACCGCAAGUAGUUUUGUGACAGUUUCCGAAGAUCCUAGUUCUGAGUGGUGGACCCAAUGGCAGACGCUGGUUGGUGUUCCUCCAUCAUCACCGCUAUAUAACAUAACCGAACAAGCAAAUCUGUUGCAUAGUGAUGACGUACAAAUUCCAUCGCAAUCCAAUGCUGCCGUCAUAUCGGACGAUCACAGGUCCCCCAACGUGAAGGAAGAUAAAUCAUUACCAGGAACGCCGGGAUACGUUGUCGAACUGUCAUCACCAUCGAUAUCUUCCCGAUCGUCAUCCUCAUCCUCAUCAGCCUCGUCGUCUUUAUCGUCAUCUUCAUCCUCAUCAGCCUCGUCGUCUUCAUCAUCAUCCACAAGCCAAACGAUGACACCUCAUCAGCCAACAUUGUGUAGCAGUCAACCUUCCAUCGAUGAAGUGUUUAUACCCAGUAAGGAGAAUAAUAGCACACCAAGUACAAUCAAAUUGCCAGUCACUGAAAUCCCAACUGAGUCAACGCCAUCGUCCUCGACAGACAAUCCCGAACCGUUUAGUCGCCGCGGUAGUUUAAGAUCCUUACGCAGUGCCCCCGUACUUAGUACCGUUUUGGAAAGUACCUUGUCCCUAACACGUAUACAUCCGAUAGCUUCAUUGGAAUUACCGGGACUUGAUUAUGCCAUACAAUCACAGUCGGCCAUUAUACAUGAGCGCCGUGAACUAGGCACAUCGUUGCGUGGCAUAGCUACAAUAACCGCAGGCACAAGUGUUCAACAACCGCAACAACGCCUGGGACCACAGGGAUCAGUACGUGAAACUAAACGUAGUAAGGUACCGCAACGGUAUGUAAAUGAUGAUGAUGAUGAUUGA